AUGACCAACCAACUCAUCUCUCAUCUCUCCCUCAUCUCACUCAGGAUAUCCUUCUUCCUGGGCUGCCGAAGAUACCUCCAACAACACUUCGAACUCAAGCCACUCAUCCAGCAGAACCAACACCACCAAAACACUCUGCAAAAACCAUCAACAACAAAUGAAACAACCGAAUCAUCAACCCCAACUCAACCAUCCUUCUACACCUCAAACCAUCACCAACUCAUCUCCCCCAACAUAUCCACGCUCAUCUUCUGCUGCUCGUUCUGCGAAGGAAGUCUCCUCUUCAGCAUCGUCAUCCUCGGCUCUUGGUUGAACCCUCACGUUCGAAAUCUUAACUGGAACCUCUCCCUCGCCCUCCUCAUCUCAUCCGUCGUCUUCAUCGUCCCCUUCCUAGAAUGCUUACUCUUCUCAACUACCAUCCUCAGUCGACGUCGAAAGACAAACGAAAGAAUUCGAAUCCUGUCGAUUAGGACCCUGGGCUUGCCCUUACUUCCCUUCAGCGUUUAUUUGUUCGUAUACUAUCGACUAGGACAGGUCAUCCAAGGCUUAUUGGGCGUCGAAUCGGGCACCCAUUCGUUUGGUCUUCUCAACACCACUCUCGCCAGGAUAUGUGUCCCAGGAGUGAUCCUCAUCGGCUCGUUAUCCGGAGGAGGUGCGGUGAACACAGCAUGGCUGACAUGGGAAUGGCGCCGUCGGGCCAAGGAACCGCCGAUCACAGACCAACAUAUCGUCGUCGCCGAGAAAUCACUCAUCAGAACUCAGAACGACCUCGUCGAUCGGAAAUCUAUCCUCCAACAGCAACAGGCUAGUGUGGCUGGUAGUAGUUCCAAGCCAGACGGCUCGAGUCUCCUGACAACGCUUUUCACAGGCUCGUCUCAUCCUACUUACAAAGUCUGCCUGUACGACGGAAGAAGCCCACAACUUCAACAGGAAAUUGCUGGCCUGGAGGACCAUGGAAGCCCAGAUGAUCUCUGA